AUGACCAAUGAAAUCACCCACUUUGCGACCAUUAUCACUCCAGAGGGCCAUUUUGAUAAUUCUGAUGGUGCACCGUGGCAGUGCGUCCUCCUUACAAUGUGUUUUUCAGGCAGGCUCCCAAGGCAGACAAUUCAGCGAACAAAAAUUCCUGUCCAUAUUUCAGUUGCUAUUGCUGAAGAAUAUGGGCCAUUUACCUCCCUGGUUAUGGAAGCUAUAUCAGUGGAUCUUUGCUCUACUCGUUCGAAUUCACCAUUAAUGGAUGAUUCAACUCCCAGUCAAGCCAACAACAAUACUUCCCCCCAAGAGGAUGUCAGUAUCCCAUUUCUCCCACUUCGAGGAACCUUCGACUAUGCUAAUCCGAUGGAAUGGGCCGUGCUAUCGAAGGAUAUCGAAGGAUGGUUGGUGACCGAAGUAGAUAACAGGUCUCAAUUAUGGACAUGGGGAUGUGAUGCUUUCUGGCUCACAUUUGUCGCAGCAUACCCUUUAUUUCCCAGAGGCAAAUGGCCAAUGUGGGACCCUCGCGUUCCUUUGGAGGGGACAUUUAUUCAGGAGUGGUUGGGAUGGUCGAGUGAUAUUGACGCCAUGCAACUACGGGGGAAUCAUUCUCUCCUGACUCUACUCAGUGUACUGUGGGCCAAAUUCAACAAACAUACUGCGCUCUUUUACCCUUUCCCUCUCCUUGCUGUCGACCGACUCUAG